AUGAUGAAAAUCACGAAGGAGAGGAAAAAAUACCGAAUUAGCAACCCCUACGAUGAGGCACAGAAGGUGGCCAUUAAGGCCAAAGCGGAGGAGCUGAGAGAGCUCAAAAAAAAGGAACCCAACGGACAGCAACAACGCAGCGGGGAACAGAAUGACCACGAACAAACAAACGCAGCAGAAAGGUUCAUGCAAAUUUAUAAAGACUACAUAGAGACAAGUGAAGAAGUAGAGAAGUUUAAAAAAGUAAAUGAACACCUGCAGGAAUCUAAGAAGAAAACUGGCAGCAGGAAAAAAAUAAAAAAAUUAAAUUUAAAGCUGAAAAAAAAUAACCUCAUAGCAAAGUUGGUAAAGAAUAAAGCUAUCAUUAAGGCAGACAGGACGAUCACGUCUCUAUCGAAAAAGAGCAGUACGAAGAAAAUUUUGUCAACCCAAGGAGGGAAGAAUAAAUCUGAGGAAGUGGCUGCCAUGACUAUCCCCCCAGUUCUUGCAAAAGUGCUGCGUGAGAGCAAUCCGAAGGGGAAAAAUGGAGAAGAGAAGAUAAGCAACAAGGGCAGUGCCCCAAAUAGGACCCUUCGCAACUGCUUAGGUAGCACGCCCAACGGUCCUCAUGUGAUGAAGACAAAAGAAGACGUACUAAACCAGUACGACGAUAUAAUUAAGUCGAAUGGGUUUAUCCAAAACCCGCUCGAAUAUGCCAGGCGGGUUAUUGAGCAAAGGCAGAAGCAGAGCAGCAAAAACGCUCCAAAUCAGAGGGGGGCAAAGAAAAACGUGACAAACAAGGGAAACACAAAGGGGAAACCUCCUUUUUGA